AUAUUUUGAAAACAGUUGCAAAAAGAGAGAGUACCGUACCCUACUCUCUUCAUCUCCUAAACUACACUAUAAAUAAAUCCACCCAAAAAAAAAAAAAAAAAAGCAUUCACGAGAGAGAAGAGAGAAAAGAACAUGGUGGGCGUGCUUCCAAAGAGAAUAAUCCUGAUGCGCCACGGCGAGUCGCAGGGGAACCGCGACACGGCGGCCUACACCACCACGCCGGACCACAGCAUUCAGCUCACGCCGCAGGGCGCCGCCCAGGCCCGCCGCGCCGGCGAGGAGCUGCGGCGCGUGAUUGGCGGCGCGGGGUGCUCCCCCGAUUGGCGGGUGCAGUUCUACGUGUCGCCGUACGCCCGCACGCGAUCGACGCUCCGCGAGGUGGGAGCGUGCUUGUCGAAGAAGAGAGUGAUCGGCGUUCGGGAAGAGUCGCGGAUUCGGGAACAGGACUUUGGGAACUUUCAGGUGGAAGAGAGGAUGAAGGUGAUCAAGGAAGCACCGCUUCCCCGAGGGAGAAUCCGCCGCCGACGUUUUCGAUCGCGUUUCAAGUUUCUUUGAAUCUCUGUGGAGGGACAUAGACAUGAACAGGCUUCGUCACGACCCUUCCAAUGAUCUGAAUUUCGUAAUUGUGUCUCACGGCCUCACAUCGCGUAUUUUCCUCAUGAAGUGGUUCAAGUGGACAGUGGAGCAGUUUGAGCAUCUAAACAAUUUUGGGAACUGCGAGUUCCGCGUUAUGCAACUGGGAACUGGUGGAGAAUACAGCCUAGCUGUUCAUCACACAGAGGAAGAAAUGCUACAAUGGGGUCUCUCUCCUGAGAUGAUUGCUGACCAAAAAUGGCGUGCCACAGCUUGCAGGGGUGACUGGAAUGAUCAAUGCCCCUGGUACUUUGAUGAGUUUUUUGAUCAUCUUCCCGAUGACUCUGAUGAUGAUCAUGAUCAUGUGGAGAAUCAAGGUGAAACUAAUUCUUUAAGUGUAUGUGCAUAGUGUGAUUCCCAUAUGGGUUUGUGGGUUCAUUUUUAACACACUAGGUGAUUUUUAUUUUUCACUGAUAGGAGAAGAGAUUUCAAUAGAAAGAAAAAUUAGGAAAGGAUAAGAUAAUAGAGUUGACACUUUGGAAGUUCUAAUAGAUAACCUUUUGAGCAAUUUUAUACUGUUUGUAGGGCUUUGUAUAAUUGUAUUAUGCUGCUUGUGGGUUAUACGUUUCGAUAUCAAAGCCUGCUUUAUCACUGUUUACAAAAGAUUGUGAUGUUUUUUUAUUA